AAAGCCUUAAUCUGUUUGAGUCACUGAGACAGAGUUUAUGAGAGAAGAGCUGAGGGUAAUCACAGAGCGUGCCAGGCAACAGAUGCUCCUGUAUUAGUUAACCUGAGAGAAACAUUAGUGGAAAACCAGAUCUCUUUGGACUAAGCCUUUAGAUGGACAGUGAGGGUGUCAAAGAGCUACAGAGUGAGGAAGACAUAGAGCAAGAAAUGUCCUCUGAGAAAGACGAGGACAGCGAACCAGAGGAGGAAGACGAGGAUGAGGAGGAAAUGCAGGACAGAGGGGAUCUGAGGGACAUGGAGGUCUGGAAUGGGUUUAUUUCGGGAGCAGGACUUGCAGCUGAAGAGGAGGCGCUGCUGGACUGGAAGCCAGGUGACCUUGUGACUCCUCAGUAUGUCCUCAGGCUACCAGGAUACACAGACGACUACCUGUGCUCCCCAGAAGACAAUAUCUACAAUAUUAGCUUCUCACGAUUCAAAAUAAGAGACCUGGAAGAUGGAUCGGUCAUUCUGGACCUGAAACGACACUGUCCGACAGAAAUAAAGGAUGUCAUAGAGCUGGAUGCAGGCCGUUUCAUUCAGUAUCAUUUCAGUCCUGCAUUUCUCAGUCUCAAGGAGAUUGGAGCCAUGCUUGAGUUUACAGUGGGUGGUAAGGCAGUCAACAAGUUUCGGCUGAUUGAGAGGCAUUACUUCAGGGAUCUGCUGCUGAAGACGUUUGACUUUGAGAUCGGUUUCUGUAUCCCACACAGCAGAAACACCUGUGAACACAUUUACUGCUUACCAGAUCUGGAUUCACACACAUUUAAGGAGAUGAUCAACCACCCUUUUGAGACACGGUCAGACAGCUUCUACUUCGCCAAUAACACACUAAUCAUGCAUCAUAAGGCAGAGUACUCCUUCAGACCGGCGCUAGAGCUCAGUGAGAACCAAACCUAAACAUCAAUCACAGUAUGGCAGCAGAAGACUGGUAACAUAAUAUACAGAGUAGUGCUGUAUAUUUGGUUUCAUAAACCAUAAACUAUAGGAAAAGGCAUUUCUUUGUUACUUUACCGAUGUUUGUGCUGGAGAGAUGCUGUGUUGCUUGCACACUAAUAAAAAAACCUU